AUGGGUGACCACGCCACAUCCAACACCGCCUCUAACGAUGCCGCCUUCGCUGAGAAGGGUAAGGGCAAGGCUACCGAUACUGCUCAUGACAUGAGCAUGGAUGAUGACAGUUCUUCUGAGAGUGAGGCCGAACUCCAAAAUGAGGAUGAUGACGAGGACAACAACCUUGAGCCUGUCGACCAGGCAAACAUCAUCCAGGGCGGCCGACGCACUCGCGGCGUAAAGAUCAACUACGCCGAGGUUGCCAAGAAUAUGAAUGAUGAUGAAGACGAGGAGGAAGACGACGACUACGAGGGUGUCGAUGGCGAUAACGACCAUGAGAUGCGCGGUUAA